GCUCUGUGAGAAGGAAGGGCUGCAGUCUUUCAGCAACAGAGUUUAGGCUGUGUCUGCUUCAUCAUCUGAGGAAAAAUCCCCCGAUAAGUCACAAGGCUUUCUGAGAAAAAAAAAAAACAACCCAAAACAUUACAGGCUGCUCGUCCUUUGGUGUGAGAAUUAGUUACCAUGAUGCGAUGGGGAAGAUGUGGCUGUUUGUUUAUAUCAGAUGUUCCUGUUCACGUUGGGAAUGUGUGGAAUAGACAGGGCUAAACAAGGUCAGUGACUUAAAAAGUGCCUUUGCCAAGUCACUUUUACGAGCGAGGACUGCUACGCCCGUGUUCUCAAAAUCCCGUCUUUGCCAGCCAGACAUUGCCUUCACCUACACCUGGCAGAAGAUACCUCAGCUGUCUCCAUUUGCCAAUUAGUUGAUGGGAAACUGAAAGCAGAAAAAGGAUUAUUAUUAUUAUUAUUCCUGGGACAUGAACAAAUGACUGCACUGCUUUUCUCGUGUAAUCAAUACCGGCAAGCAACCAUCAGAGGACUGCUAUUCUAUCAAGGAGUGCCAUUGCAUUGAUGGACCUUGGCUUAAAACCAGUGCAUCCGUGAUUACAAUCAACAAACCCACGUGUUUUACAGACAGAAAUGCGACUGAGCAUGUGUUUUCCCAGCCAAAAGUCUACAAGUGGGACUUAAUGAUUGAUGAGUGACUGCUUGCUGAUAAACUUUCUCUGCUUGUUCUGCUUUGUGUGCGUUGGACGUCGUUAAUCGUCCCCCACUGUUUGUUUUUUUUAACUUUCUUUUCCAUUAGAAUUGAAGUUAUUUUUUUCUGACUUCCUCCCUCCCCCCUCCCCCUGCCCUUUUCCUUUGUCAUUAGUUUUGGAAAUUUCUUCAGCAUAAUUCGCCUGACAGCAACUUACAAGUUCAACAUCAGCUUCUCAUCAUGGCUUUGAAUGUUGCUCCCGUAAGAGACACAAAAUGGCUGACAUUAGAAGUGUGCAGGCAGUUUCAGAGGGGAACUUGUUCACGCUCUGAUGAAGAAUGCAAAUUUGCACACCCCCCUAAAAGUUGCCAGGUUGAAAAUGGAAGAGUUAUUGCCUGCUUUGAUUCCUUAAAGGGUCGUUGUACAAGGGAGAACUGCAAGUACCUUCAUCCACCAACACAUUUAAAAACUCAACUGGAAAUCAAUGGCAGGAACAACUUAAUCCAGCAAAAAACUGCAGCAGCAAUGCUCGCCCAGCAAAUGCAGUUCAUGUUUCCAGGGACACCACUACAGCCAGUGCCCACAUUUCCGGUGGGUCCCACAAUAGGAACGAACACGGCUAUUAGCUUUGCUCCUUACCUAACGCCAGUAACACCAGGAGUUGGCUUAGUCCCGACUGAGAUCCUACCCACGCCGCCUGUCAUUGUCCCUGGAAGUCCACCGGUUUCAGUCCCCAGUUCAACUGCUACCCAGAAACUCCUCAGGACUGAUAAACUGGAGGUGUGCAGGGAGUUCCAGCGGGGGAACUGUGCGCGUGGAGAGACUGAUUGCCGCUUUGCGCAUCCGGCAGAUAGCACAAUGAUUGACACAAAUGACAACACCGUAACCGUGUGUAUGGAUUACAUAAAAGGUCGUUGCAUGAGGGAGAAAUGCAAGUAUUUUCACCCUCCUGCACAUUUGCAGGCCAAAAUCAAAGCGGCGCAACACCAAGCCAACCAGGCUGCAGUGGCAGCCCAGGCAGCUGCGGCAGCUGCGACUGUGAUGACUCAGUCGACUGCCAAAGCAAUGAAGCGACCUCUCGAAGCAACUGUAGACCUGGCCUUUCCUCCUGGUGUUCUUCACCCUUUACCAAAGAGACAAGCACUUGAAAAAAGCAAUGGUGCCAGUGCCGUUUUCAAUCCCAGUGUCUUGCACUAUCAACAGGCUCUUGCCAAUGCUCAGUUGCAGCAACAUGCAGCGUUUAUCCCGACAGGGUCAGUUUUGUGCAUGACACCCGCUACCAGUAUUGUACCCAUGAUGCACAACGCUACGGCCGCCACUGUCUCUGCAGCAACAACUCCUGCAACAAGUGUUCCCUUCGCCGCAACAGCCACAGCAAAUCAGAUAAUCCUGAAAUAGCCGGCAGGAGCGGAACGGAGUGUCACGAAGCCUCCCUGCGGACGGCCAAGCACGGCUACUGUACAUACUACCCCGUCUCCUCCUCUCUAGAGUUGCCACAAACUGCAUGCUAAGUCAAGAAUUUGUUCUUAUGGACAAAUCAAAAACUCAAAAAAGCUAGUGCUGCUAUGUCAUAUAUGAAUAUUAAAUAUGGUAUGCUUACUAUACUCCAACCUAAAAUAGUUAACUACCUGAUACCAGCUGUGAUGUUUCAAGACAUAAAGGAUAACAUUUAGUUUUAAAGAUUUUCUAAGCAUAGUUUACUUAUUGCAAAUAUUGUCGUUUCUCCAUAACUACACCUAAUGAAAAUGGUCCAGAUCAGUUAGUCUCGUGAGAUUUCGUGUUUAUGAAUCUUUCGAGCUCAGCAAUAAUUGAAUUGCAUUGACUAAAAACUUUCCCCAGUUGCAGGUUUAAUUCUCACCCAAACUAUGAUUCGGGAUUUUCUUCUCAGUUAAAAAAAAAAUCUUGGUUUUGCUCCCUUGGUGAGUUGAUUCCAAGACAAAGGAGGUGAAACACAGCCCGGUGUCCUGCACAUCAUCCUGCCAAUCUGAUAUUUUAGCCAGAAGUCCAAAGUAAAGCACAAAGUCUUUAGAUGCACAUGGUUGGUGUUUGACUUGUAUGGAGAAGUUGCAUUUGAAUCAUAGCAGAAUAGCAGAAGAAAAUUUUAAAAAUUUUGCACAGUAUGAACUUCAUACCCCUUUCAAUCCCCAAAAGAACAAAGUCUUGAGAAUAUUAUUUUACGAGUAUAUUUAUAAUGUUUUUAAAAUAGACUUUGCAGAAGUGCCUAAAUUUUGUCACAUCAGACUUGAUGAAAGUGAGCCUGAUGCCAACAGUCAAAUCUCAUCGGACGUGAAUAAUCUUUGAAACUCAUAGUCAGGUUACCAAAAAGAUCCAAGCUGUUAAGAAGUAAUUUCUAGAAGUGUAAAAUCAAACAAAAUAAAAAAACCAAGACCAAACUAACAAAAGAAAAGGCAAAAAAAAGAAAGGCUGUAGAUGAAGAGAUUGUAUGAUACUAUAAUUUAAUUAAAAUUCAGUUGAGUCACUGGGACUUCAUAGGUGACUUUAAUCUAGGCUAUUAACUGAACACUAAGAAUGUAGAAUGAGAUUCAGUUUAAUAAAUCAUUACUGUAUUUGCAUUUUUUUAAUUGGAUUAUAAGAUUGUAACCAGAUUAGAGUGGAGAAAAAAUAGUUCUUUUAAUUGUUUUCCUUUAAAAACAUAUUUUAUGUCACAAAAAUAUGAAGAUAUCUUUAAUACAAUUAUAUACAUGUUAUAUAUACAUACAUACAUAUAUAUGGAUGAAGCAGAUUUUAAUGUUGUUUACUUUUUUAAAUACUUUGUUGAUUUACAAGGUAAUUAUAUAUGUAUAAUUAAAAUUUCAUUUGUUUGAUUUGAGAUUUGUUUCAAGCACUAUUGUACCAAAUAUUUCAUAUUUCACAUUUUAUAUGUUGCACAUGUAUCACAUAAAUGACAUAGUUUUUAAAUUAUUGUUUAAAAAAACAAGACAGCUGUUAUAAGUGGAUAUUAUGUAUAAUUGUUUGCAGCAUAAGUUUUCUAUGUGGACAUUACUAGUGAUUGCAGUAUUUUAACUUAACCUCUUCAGAUUGAUUGUAAACUAUUUUAAACUUUGGCAGCACUGCCUGUUCUGAACGACUGAAGGCACUAACCAUAUUAUUAUUUGUCUAGGAAAUUAUUUUCCAGGCUAAAUCUUGUUUGUCCGAUGUCUAAUUACUAUCUAUUUAUAUAUAAAGCUGGAGAUUUGAUCAUCCGAAAGAAAAAAAAAAAAAUCACGAUUUGGUUGUAAAAUUAACAUAGUGCUUGUAACGUUGCGUUAGUUUAAUUUGUGGGAAAAUAAUGUAUCUUAACUUGUUACUUUAGCAGUUAAGGUAUCACCAUUAUAUACUAUUAAAACACUAAUAUUUGUAGACUUUCUCAGUCAUUAUAACUAGGUAGUUGACACUGCAACUUGCCUAUAUCUGUCAAAGUUGUUUUUAUUUUUUUAUAAUAGUUAAUUUAGGCAUUUGGGUAGUUUAUUGUAUAAUACUAAAUGGUAAAUUAUCCAUGUUUAAAUAUUUUAUGUAGAUAACUCUUCAAGACAUCAUUUUGUGUGAACUUUUUAUGUUUCAAAAUUACUGUUAUUCUAUGUUUUUUACAAUUAAUCCAAUAUUACUAUUUUUUGCCCAUGGAUGACGAAGCUUCAGAUACAUCAGGUCUUUCAUUCAGAUAAACUGACAGACAAAAAGAGAAAAUGUAUUUUUAAUAAGAGAUCCACUUUCCGACUUUAUGACUUUGUAAUAUUCCUGAAACUGUACAAGUACAAACCUAUGCUAACAGUAAGGAGGCAAUUACAGAGAUGUGCAAAUACGUGUACAACAGAUUCUGCAUUUUAUUUAUUUAUAAAGUAAUUUUAUAGACUAUUUCAAAAUUUGGGAAGAUCUAAAACUAUUUUUCUGUAUAAAUAUUAUUUGCCAAAACUUUGUUUAUAUUUUAAAAAAAGUCUAAUGAAAAUGAUUAAAUUUUAAAUGCUUUGUUUAAUUAAAAAAAAUACAACAAGAAAUGUAACCCCCUAAAAAACCAUGAGAUGGGCCAACACGGAGACAGUGAAUACUGUAGCUGGGACAUGAUUUCAAGUGACUUGAGAUGUCUCAGUGCUUAUUUCCUUCAAAGGAUACAGCACCUCACCAAAAUACCUUUUUGUUUGCCUCUCUCAUCCAGCAUAAUUGACGACACGUACAAUGAAUAUUUCAGUAACAGUUAAAAGAAACCCCUCCAUUCACUCUUUUCCAGCAUAUAUAAUUACUAGUGGUCUGUUAAAUAGCCAUUCUAUUUCUGUUGUGACGUUAAAUUCAUUCACCCAAUGUACAACCACUGAAAUAAAAAGAAGCAUUUUAAAAUGA